AUGACCAGAGACUCUUUCAGGAAUCACAUACAUCGGGGCGGUCACCCUAGGCUCGGCGACGUCGACCUUUCCAAAUAUGAUGUUGAUUCUUGGGUGGAAUUCGGCCUGGGUAAAGAGUUCAUCCGCGAGCUAUGGGAAGGCUGGCAAAAACUGUACAACGAACCAUACCGGGGCAUCACUGCCGACGGUCAGAUACAGCCUGAUCUCUAUUCUAUUCGAGCACAGGGUGCACCUGUCGACAAGAUGGUCGAAGCAGCUCGCUCCCUGGUCAAAGAAGCUGACCGAUUUCACCUUUCUCAGAAACUGCGCUAUCCGGUCGACGCCGACGAGUGGCGGUGCUGGAUGAACCCUGAGUUCAGUUUUCACAGACACGGCGUCCGAUUCGAAAAGCACGACGAAGAAGUCUGGGUGGCGUCGCUGCGGUUGGUCCAAGCAUCACUCUCGGAUAGGGGCUACGAAGAUGUCCUGGCUGCGAUGAGGACCAAUGCCUUCCUCGGAGGCCUCGUUGGGGCAUCUCAACUGAUGAACGAGCGAAGCUACAGUUUCAUCUUGUUCGUAGAGCCCUCGACUACCGGGCCCUGGGGGUGGUCGAUCUGGGGUCAUCAUUUGACCUUCUGCGUCUUUGUUCUGGGCACCCAGAUGGUUGUCUCACCCGUGUUUCGUGGCUGUGAACCGAACGAGGUGGAUCAAGGUCCAUAUCAGGGCACUGAAAUGUUUACGCAGGAGAUGCGACUUGCCAGUCGAGUGAUGGAGGCUCUGUCCGCGGCAGAGAGGAGUCAGGUCGUCGUCUAUGAUCGCUUAGAGCAUCCUGGUAUGCCCGAAGGAUUUCCUCAUCCCGCAGAUGGAAGGAACCUCGCGGGCGCAUAUCAAGAUAAUGCCAUUGUCCCCUACCGUGGAGGAAAAGUUGUCAAAUUCUCGCAACAAGCCCAACAAGCAGUCUGGGACUUGGUAGAGAGAUCUAUCGAUUUCCUCCCAGAAGGACCGUUGAAUGCAAAGAUGGAUGAUGUGAGACGGCAUACGGACGACACUUGGUUCAUGUGGAUGGGAGGAUACAGCGAGGAUGAUGUCUUCCAUUUCCGCAUCCACAAUCCCGUCCUGCUCUGUGAGUUUGAUCAUGAGUGCGGCAUGUGGUUGACAAAUGGCCCCCCUGGUCGUUUUCAUGUUCAUACCGUGGUGAGGACGCCUAAUGGCAAUGAUUAUGGGAGGGAGCUCCUGCGACUGUGGAGGUGCAUUCCACAACAAGUCAAGUAA